GCAGGCGGGGAGAUGGGCGUUCUCUAGCUUCACUUCCUCCUAUGUCAUCUUAGAGCGACGGAAGUUCUUCGGCCAGUGGAGCCAGACGCAUCCAAUAAAUAGAGGCUCCGGGAAGUGGAGGGCGGUGCUGCGCUAGAGGGUUGUCCAAUGAGAGGCCGCGGCGGUGCCAGGCUCCGAGUGGGCGGAGGCGGCAGCGGCGGCGGCGGUGGCGGUGGCGGCAGAGCGGUCGAUGCGAUGGAGAACUUCACAGCGCUCUUCGGUGCCCAAACCGAGCCGCCGCCGCCGCCCCCAGCCGCGCUGGGCUUUGGGCCGGGGAAGCCGCCCCCUCCGCCGCCUCCUCCUCCGGGUGGGGGCCCCGGAACGGUCCCGCCGCCCGCUGCGGCCCCAGCCCCGCCUGGAUCUGACAAGGCCGCAGCUGGCUGUGGGCCCUUUUACCUGAUGCGGGAGCUCCCAGGCAGCACGGAGCUGACAGGUAGCACCAAUCUAAUCACGCACUACAACCUGGAGCACGCCUACAAUAAAUUCUGUGGGAAGAAGGUGAAGGAGAAGCUGAGUAACUUCCUGCCUGACCUGCCGGGGAUGAUCGACCUGCCCGGCUCCCACGACAACAGCAGCCUCCGUUCCCUCAUCGAGAAGCCCCCCAUCCUUGGGGGCUCUUUCAACCCUAUCACGGGCACCAUGCUGGCGGGCUUCCGCCUGCACGCCGGCCCGCUGCCAGAGCAGUGUCGCCUGAUGCACAUCCAGCCCCCCAAGAAGAAGAAUAAGCACAAGCACAAACAGAGUCGUGCCCAGGACCCUGUCCCCCCAGAAACUCCAUCCGAUUCGGAUCACAAGAAAAAGAAAAAGAAAAAGGAAGAAGAUCCUGAGCGGAAAAGGAAGAAGAAAGAAAAGAAGAAGAAGAAGAACCGACACAGUCCAGAGCACCCCGGUAUGGGCAGCUCCCAGGCCAGCAGCAGCAGUAGCCUCCGUUAACAAGACCAUUGGACGACAGACAGGCCAGGGGAGCUCUUUUCUCCUACACUGAACUUGCCAACAGAAGCAACCUUGGAGGCUAGAGGACAUACUGCCCUUGGAGCAUUCCCCUGCGACUGGGGUAGAAUGCAGGCCAGGCCAACUCUGGCUGGGAGCGAAUGAGGUGGAUGCAUUAGGGUGGGAAGGGCAGUGCCUGUGCAAGGCACAGCCCGGUUGGCUCUGUGGUGGAGCUGCUUUUCCCUUCCCAAGGAGCCUGCUCUCCAUGUUUUUUUGUACAGUUUGUCUGCUUUAAGAUUUGGAUUGGUUUAUUAGGGCUUGGCUUCUUUUUAAAAAAUUCAUAUUGUACCAAACUG